AUGUUCGAAGAUAAUUUUAAACAAAGAAGAUAAAUGAAACUAGACAAUGAUGCCAAUAUCAAAAAUAAUAUAUACAAAAUGGCUUCAAAAUUGACAUCCAAUUACUUUCACCCUAUGUCUUUAAAUUAUCAAAAAUUGGAAAUUCUAUGUGAAUCAGCUCGUUAAUAAUAAAUGAAAGAAGAGUAUAAGAGACUAACUAGGAGAGAAUUCAGAAAUAUUUCCAAUAGAAGAUAUGGAAGGGGUAAUGAUAGUUGGAAAAUUUAAAAAGUUGAAGUAAUAAUGGAUUACGAUUUUCCUAUCUAAUGAUCUUGU